GUGGUAGCGUAACUUCCGGUAGCGGCUCCGUUUCCGGCUUUCGGUUCAUUGGGAACUGGCCUAGGCCUCUGGCAAUUUGAACAGUUUAACUCCAGACAUGGAUAUCAGACCAAAUCAUACAAUUUACAUCAACAAUAUGAACGACAAAAUUAAAAAAGAAGAGUUGAAGAGAUCCCUGUAUGCCCUGUUUUCUCAGUUUGGCCACGUUGUAGAUAUUGUAGCUUUAAAGACGAUGAAGAUGAGGGGGCAAGCCUUUGUUAUUUUUAAGGAACUGGGCUCAUCCACAAAUGCCUUGAGACAGUUACAAGGAUUUCCAUUUUAUGGUAAACCAAUGCGAAUCCAGUAUGCAAAAACAGAUUCUGAUAUAAUAUCUAAAAUGCGUGGCACUUUUGCUGACAAAGAAAAGAAGAAGGAAAAGAAAAAAGCAAAAACUGUGGAACAGACUGCAACCACUGCAAACAAAAAGCCUGGUCAGGGAGCACCAAAUGCAGCAAAUACCCAAGGAAAUUCAACACCAAAUCCUCAGGUCCCUGAUUACCCUCCAAACUAUAUUUUAUUCCUCAAUAAUUUACCAGAAGAGACUAAUGAGAUGAUGUUAUCCAUGCUGUUUAAUCAGUUUCCUGGCUUCAAGGAAGUACGUUUGGUACCUGGGAGGCAUGACAUUGCUUUUGUUGAAUUUGAAAAUGACGGACAGGCUGGAGCUGCCAGGGAUGCUUUACAGGGAUUUAAAAUCACACCGUCCCACGCCAUGAAGAUCACCUAUGCCAAGAAAUAACAUAUUGGAUAGUUGUCUUUAAAGGACUUGGUGUUGUUUAUAGUGUUUGUUUUGAUAACAUUUGGUCAGGCCAUUUUUUAAUAGUUGGAGUGAGGGGGGAGUGAAAGUGAAAUUUUUUGUGAAUGAUUUUAAAAAAUACCUAGUCUUUGUUUAGCCUUAGUGAACUAUGAAAUAUGAAGACCUCAAUUUUGUAUAAUAAACUUCUAUUUGUAUUCUUUA